UCUAGUAAAUAUUGGCCGAUCUGUAAAACGUGGCAGGGAAUCGUUGCAGAUGUCGGCAAGGCCUUCCUCUUUCCCUUCUGCAAUGACUGUUGACACUCUCCGUUUCCACAUAUUCAUUCUCUAUGUUUUAUUUUUCUUUUAUUCUUUAUCUGCUGAUCAGUCGCAUAGUCAGCAUUUCGCCUGCGGAUAGCCCACAUGUGUUUUGCCUUUCGCGGCGUUCGGACGUGUUUGGUACGCAUCAUAUGGAUCGCGCACGCAUAAUCGGUGGUUUGGCAAAAAUCUCGUACUUGUCAACAAAAAUAAACAACAAGGAUUAAAGUGCUUCUUCUGUAAACAAACCCACAACAGGAAAAAUAUGUGCUAACGGUGAAUGUAACAAUUCAAAGUGUUUUGUUAGUGUUCCAGGCAGAAGAAAAAAAACAAAAUAUAAGUUCCCAAACAUGUUGGAAUUUUAUCAUAACUUAAACCUCAACACUGGAAUAACACAGGGUCAAACAGCGGAUACUAGUUUGCGGGAUAGUUCAAUUGACGGUUGCGAACGGACAGAUAUUGUCGGGACAGUCAAGAGCGAAAGAACGCAAGAGAUUUGCGAAGGAUGUGGCCAAAAAAUCAAAGACCGGUACUUUAUGAGGAUUUCUCCGGAUCAGUACUGGCACGAGCAAUGCUUACUUUGCUGCAUCUGCCACAUCCAGCUGAAUCAAUCCUGCUUCACAAAACACACCAAAGUGUACUGCAAAGAUGAUUACUACCGAAUCUACGGUCUCCCUCAACUGCAACAACAACACCACCACCAAACCAUGUCCCGCGAAUGUUAUGGCUGUGGCGAACGAAUAGCGCCGAAUGAAAUGGUGAUGCGAGCAAAAAAUCUAGUCUAUCACCUGAACUGUUUUCUCUGUUUUACCUGCAACAGACCGCUACAAAAGGGCGAACCAUUCUCUUUGCGGGCGGGCAAGCUCAUCUGUCAACAUGACCUAGAGAAAGACAUAUACAACAAUUUGCACACAAUUAAUCCACAUCAUAACCCUCAUCACCCGUACGGUGAGGAUGAUUACCUGCUGGAAGAAGGAAUACGUUCCCGUGAUGGGCGUCGAGGGCCCAAACGACCUCGAACAAUUUUAACCUCUGCUCAAAGACGUCAAUUCAAGGCGUCAUUUGAUGUGUCUCCAAAGCCAUGUCGAAAGGUUAGAGAAGCAUUGGCCAAAGACACCGGAUUGUCAGUACGGGUUGUACAGGUAUGGUUUCAAAACCAGCGAGCGAAAAUGAAGAAAAUUUCUCGAAAAAACAAAACGGGACAGAACAAUAAUAGUGAUAAUGAUAAGAAUAACUCUGAUAAGGACGAAAAAUCAAUCAAAUUGGAAUCACCUAGCAGUGAUCAUGGUCAUUACCUAGGCGUUGAUGGGUCGUACGGAUCGUCCACUCAGCCUCUUAAUCCUAACCUCCCAUAUUCACCAGAUUUUCCUGAAAACUCUGAUGCUAGCAUGUGCAGCAGUGAUAUUUCAUUGGACGAAAGCUUUGACAAUUUGGAUGAAGGCACUUCGGACACUAUGUCUCUACAAAACUUAGACCUUCAAACUAACCUUAACGGCAGCAGUAAUAGUAACACCAGUGCCAGCACCAAUACCGGUACUACUUUAGUCAAUCACAAUAACAAUAACAUUAAUGGGUUGAUAUCCGGGACUAGCAUUACGCACAUCGACAAGCUGUAUCUGAUGCAGAACUCAUAUUUUAAUGCCACGUCCAUCGAGCAAUGAUUUAUCUACGGGUGACGAGGCAGUAGUAUGCGGCCCUCUCGAUGUUCCAUCUCUAUCUAGUUGAACGUACUCCAACAACAAACUGCGUUAAGGCAUUGAUUUUUUCGUUUUAAUUUAGUUAAUCUAGAAUUAUACGACGAUCACGAUCAACACGCCAGCAACGACCUAGUUUAUCCUAGUCAAUAACCAUUAAAACCUUGUUUUAUUUUAUUCUUGAUAGAGCAGAUUGUUGGUGAUGAAAAAUAAAUCUGCGCUAUAACUACUUUUAAUACGAAAACUUAUUAUUUUGUGAAACUGUAAUAGAAAUGUAUCGUGCGCAUAUGAUGAAUGAAAAAAUUGUUAUGUAAAAUAGACUGGAACAAUGUAUAUAAUGUUUGAUUGUUGUAAAUUUAUUGCAUUAUUAAUCAUAAUGCUGGGGAUAUUUUACACCCGCGAGCUUUAACUGCACCUGGGUUAUUCGAGAUGGGUUUAAAACAAAUGAUCCUUCAUAAGCAAUGUAAGAUUAUAGACAGAGUAAAGAUUUAUUAAAAUAACUGGACUCCAUU